AGUGCCGUCAUAGGCUGGUAAGAGAGAGGCGACCAUGUGGCGGCUACAGCGGCAUCCUCUGCAGGUGUGCGUCUGGCGGUGGGCGGCGACGACGGCGGCGUGUCUGCUGGUGGCGCUGCCGGCGGAGGAGGCGGACGCGAGGGCCACCAAGCGCAGCGUCACCGACACCUCCGUCAUGGGCUACCUCACCGAGCGGACGUGCUGGUGGAACGAGAUCUGCAAGGAGGAGUUCCAGACGCUGUUCCGCUGCAAGUGCCCCGUGUGGUCGUUCUGCCGCAGCCCGGGCCGCUACUACAACGCCUUCUGCACGAUGACGGGCACCGGCUACAUCUGGACGCAGCCCGAGCCGUCGUGGGGCCGCCGCCAGGGCGCGCCCGCCGCAGACUUCGACGCUGCCGAAGGCGGCGACCCGCAGCAGCGCGCCAGGCCGAGCAAGAACAAGUCGGGCAAGGGCAGCCGGUCAUCGAGCAGGGCGACGCAGGGCAGCGCCUAGCGGCCGCCGGCCACCCCGCGGCCCAGGGCGGGCGCGGGGUUCGAACCCUCGGCCGGCGGCGCGCGCGCCCACCAGCCGGACCUGCCGUACGCCGCCGUCGUCGAGGACCGGCACAACCCCCAGCCACCUGCCGGCGGCAGCAGCGGGCUACUCGCCUCGGCGCACGUGUAAGGCGGCCCGCACCUCGCCACAGCGUCGCCUUCUCGCCUCUUCGUGCGUCGCAGAACAACACGUACUUACAGAAACAGAAAUCAUUGUCCUUGCGCUUAGACCAAGAAACAGGCAAUUGGUCUGUUCUGUAUCUGAACUUAAUACAAGAUGUAUUCCAUUAAAGUGUGGUGCACAUACACGCACGUCAGUCUGAGUUUGUCUUGUCGGAAGGAAGGGAGAAGGAGCAUAAUUAAUGAUACUGUCGAUAUCGAGGUUAUUACAGAUGCAGCACUACAGUUCAAUUCUUUUAUCUUGGCGGUUCGCGCAUGCCCGCCCAGACGCGGGAGAUUGCUGCGUUGCCAGUUGAACGCGCCAAGAGAAGCAGCGCUAUAGUAUAGUUCGCAAAUUUACGUUUUGGGGGGUAGCGCGCUGUUUAUGAAGUAAAGCCACCACGGCCGCAUUAACCCUUUCGCUGCUUCAGAGGCGUGCUUCCCGCAUUCCGCGAUGUGCGCGAUUUUGUUAUCAUUGCACUGCUCGCCUGUGCGCACACAUAGUGUUUCGACUGCUUUGACACACUUUAUCAUUCGAUUUCACAAAAACUACUACGCCCAAAAAUUUGAUUUUUACACAUCUUCUUGACUGAUACCUUCCCCACAUAAAUGACUUAAUUUUGUUUCGAUGUUCAACGCAGUUAUUGUGCAGCAUUAGAUGUAGUAAACCAUUGCACGAAAUUUUGAAGAGCUUGCAGAGGUAACAGUCCAUAGUGUAUACUUUCCGUAUGGUUGAUUUUAGUUGCCACUAGAAAUUUCAAAAAAUUACAUUCAAACGAAUAAAAUUCAUAAAGUAAGACACAUCGAUAUUGUUUUUAAAAUACUAAGCACUCAGCAAGGUUUGAGCUCAGAACCCUCCACUUUGCAGCCAUACACGUUAACCAUUACGCUAACGCAGCUCAUCAAUCAUUAUAUAUCGCGCAGGACUUUAAAAUAUCACGCAAAACACCGACAAACACUGUUGGUAUGAUUAUGAAUUACUCACGUUUCAUCGAAGUACAAUACGAAAUAAACAGUUACCGCUGUUCUUUAUUACGAAAAAGCGGUUAGUGAGAAUGAUACAAACACCUUUCCUUGCUAUCGCCUGAAUUAGGAGGCUUAUUGCUUGUUUGGUUUAAUUAAUUAAUAGAGUAUGAAGCAAUUGGUUUAAAGAAUGCUCUUUCUUUUAUAGAAAGUUUGGUAUCAAGACAUUGCUUUUGUUCAGUUACUUUAUUUAUGAGUGAACGUUUCUAAAACUGAAGACCUUCGUCUGUGCUCUGCACUGCACUCGAGCUCUGGCAACGUCGCUCUCUGUUCAUUGGCUGACUGUGUUUCGUGACGUCAGAUGCGCAGAACGAACCUGAACUCGGCCGGCGUCAUAAAUGACGUGCACUUUAGCUCAUUUCUAGAGUGUUGGGAGUGGAAAUCUGUCUUGGUCUUGUUAUAUUACAUUUCACUUGUUGUAUUCUGUGUCUCAUUGACAGUGGUUUCCGGGAUGUGGUAAGAAGUUGAAGAUGUGAAUUGUAAUCUCUCUACUAGUAAACUGCUAUUACAAUUAAAAUUCGGCAGUUGGAAUAUUUAAUUAGCAGUAGACCUCACGUCUUUUACUCGUAUUCGUUUCUAGCAAUGACCGUGUGCCUAUCCAAAACAGUCGUGGUUAAACGCAUUACUGUAUGUCCAAUUACUGAACGAGAAAAUAUUGAAUAACAACAGUUCUAAUCUAACGGCACUCUUGGAAUUUAUUAUCAGACAUUAUGAUUCCUAGUUCUUUCACGCACACUGUAAAAUCAUAAUUCAACCGUUCCUACAUGUAAGAUUUUUUUCUAUCAAUUUAUUGGCUUUUGAGACGAACCCAUAGGAACAGCUCCUUAGUGCAAUGCCAGUUGUGACGAUACAAAUGUAAGGACAACACAACACCCAGUUCCCGAGUGGAGAAAAUCUCCGACCGUCCUGGGGUCGAACCCGAUGCCCUUUAGUUAGCAAUCUGCCGCGUUGCCAAUGGAGCUUCUUCUUCUUUUUUUAAAAAAAAGAAAAGAGAAGAAAUAUUGGCGCCUCAAGAGUACGUAGAAAAUUGUGACACUGCCAAACAAAAACAGACUAAGUCCUUGCCAUCCUAAGUGCACCUAAACCUCCCCCCGUCAAGGGACGAUCGCUCGAGCGAAAAUCCUUCAGGGUGACAGGAAUGAGAUACAGAAGAUCCCAAUAACCGUGAAACAACGAUUGUUUUCCCUAUUAUACCCGUUCGUUGACCUGUACGUGUCGGUGCAACAGAGGCAGAUACUAGGCGUCUGUUCGUUACCAGCGAUAAGUUCUUCCAGUUUUAUGAAAUAAUCAACAGAAUUUACAUUCUGCGUAAAUAUCAUUCCGUCUCUUGUAUAUUAACUGAUUGUGUCCAUCUUCUAAGUCCACUGUAACACAUUCAACGCGACCAGAUGCCUCGCAGUCCCGCACAGACACUAGAGUCGACAGACUCCAAAAGUGUUCAAAUAUGUGUGAAUUCCUAAGGCACUAAACUGCUAAGGUCAUCGGUCCCCAGACUUACACACUAUUUAAACUACCUUAUGCUAAGAACAACACAAACACUUACGCCAAGAGAGAGGACUUGAACCUCCGACGGGAGGGGCCGCUCAAUCCGUGACAUGGCGCCUCAAACCCCGCUGCCACUCCGAGGGGCGACAGACUCCACACUGUUCCAUCUAAACAACAGCUACCACUAGCCAUAUAGCUGAAAUAUCUCUCGAGAGAGCAUUCAGACACACACAACAGAUUUUGUGUUAUCAGCACGCAUUGCCAUCGUGGUGACAAGGUCUCUAGAAGGCGUGGUCUUGACUGUAAGUGCCCUGUGCAUUUAGAUUUUCAUUACAUCCCGACACACAUAUUUCCUUUAUAUGUGCCGGGGAUUUGAUAUAGGAGUUUUGUAAACGUCAUAAUAAUUUGUAUUUGAUACUCGCAAUAAAUUAGGUUCAUCGAUCUGAAGAGCAAAAUGAAGGAGCGUUCCGUUCCUUUGUGGCAAGUGUCACAGCCAAGAUGUCCCCAUUUUUUGAUUCCUGUGGUAGCCACAGCUAUUUUUCCUGUUUUAUGCGGCAUUUUUUUGUAUUUCGGAAUCUGUUAUAGUAAAUUUUCGCUUUGAUGGCGUUGCGUAACAACUGGUAGCCCAUUGUUCCAAAGAACACUGAAUUAACUGAAAAUUCGCGACUACACCUCCGGCUUCUUCUUUAUUUUUUUGUGUAUCACAUAACCGUCUAUUUAUUUUUAUUUUACUUUCAUUCUACAUUUGCUUAAUUUUACUUUCGCAUACUUUUUGUGCAUUUUCAAGCUCCCACAACAUUACGGUCUAAGUAAAAAGUGAAUAAAAUAAAAUGGCACAAUACGUCAUAAUAAUAUAACACGAACUUUUCCUCUUUUCACGUAUUUGUCUUUGGAUCCUCUGCAACAACAGAAAAAAUGGCUCUGAGCACUUUGGGACUUAACAUCUGAGGUCAUGAGUCCCCUAGAACUUAGAACUACUUAAACCUAACUAAGGACACCACACACAUAAACGCCCGGGGCAGGAUUCAAACCUGCUACCGUAGCAGCAGCGCGGUUCCCGACUGAAGCGCCUAGAACCGCUCGGCCACAGUGGCCGGCUGCAACAACAGUCAUGUAAAUACUUCAAAAUCGAUUCUGGAAAUCCGCUUCUAGUUGCCGAAUUUCCGGUUACGCAAUCGAUUUUCGCUUCCACGUAAACGCAACCGGUUUUGAAACGUGCCUGGGUAGUCAAGUUACGUCUUUUUUUCAGAAUAUUCGAUUAAUAUGGACUUAUUAUGGAGUGAAGCGGAAAUAGUGCACUGAGCAUGAAGGUGUCUACCUGUAAUAUUUAAAUGAAGAGAAAUAACGAUUGUGCUGGCUGAAUCAGAAACUAGAUCGGCUGUUUUCCAGACGCCGUGUUUAACCGGGUUAGCAAAUCCGCUUCAGAUCUUACCAUGUAGGCCAAAACACAACAGCGAUAAACGGUUUCCGAAAUUGGAUUUUCGCCUUUCGGAAGACGUGUCGCAUGUAAACUCAGAUCACUGCUCUUUUUUUUUUUUUUGGUCAUCAGUCUUCUGACUGGUUUGAUGCGGCCCGCCACGAAUUCCUUUCCUGUGCUAACCUCUUCAUCUCAGAGUAGCACUUGCAACCUACGUCCUCAAUUAUUUGCUUGACGUAUUCCAAUCUCUGUCUUCCUCUACAGCUUUUGCCCUCUACAGCUCCCUCUAGUACCAUGGAAGUCAUUCCCUCAUGUCUUAGCAGAUGUCCUAUCAUCCUGUCCCUUCUCCUUAUCAGUGUUUUCCACAUAUUCCUUUCCUCUCCGAUUCUGCGUAGAACCUCCUCAUUCCUUCCUUAUUAGUCCACCUAAUUUUCCACAUUCGUCUAUAGCACCACAUCUCAAAUGCUUCGAUUCUCUUCUGUUCCGGUAUUCCCAUAGUCCAUGUUUCACUACCAUACUACUCCAGACGUACAUCCUCA